GAUGCUCUGGGGAAGAAUCGCGCCGCCGGUGCGCAGGCUAAGCGAGCUGCCGCCGCCGGGCACCUGCAGACGCUUCUGGGGAUGGCUGAAUGCCGUGUUCAACAAGCACGUAACCAAGUGUUUGUUGUGUUGUAUUAUUAUCGUCAAGACAAUAAAGCAGCCACGUUACGGAAAGCGUGUGAAUGCUCUCCCUGUCUCGGCAGAGUGGACUACGACCGCAUAGAAGCCGUCGGCCCUGACAGGGCAGCUUCAGAGUGGCUGCUGCGCUGUGGUGCCCUGGUGCGCUACCGGGGCUAUCAGAAAUGGCAGCAGGACUACAGCGGCCUCCCAACAGGGCCCUUGGGGAAAUACAAGAUUGAAGCGAUUAAUGCCACCGAGUCUUGCAUCAUGUACAGAGGAUUUGACUAUUUGGAUGGUCUUGAACACGUUACAGAAAUCAAGCUGCAGAAGUGUAUUUACAUACAGGACCAGUGUCUGCAGAGGCUCAGCGAGACGAAGAACCUGCAGAAGAGUCUCCUCCAGCUGCGGAUAAUUUCCUGCGGGAAUGUCACAGAUAAAGGCAUCAUUGCACUUCACAAGCUGACGAACCUUGAAUAUUUGUAUCUGAGUGACCUUCCCGGAAUAAGAGAGAAAGAAACCACUGUUCGCAUCCUUCAGCAGGCACUGCCAAACCUGGAGCUGGAGCUGGAUCUGGAAUAAACACAAUUGCAGAUAA